GUGAAAAACCCCCUGACAAAUUCCCGACAUAACGUUUCAGUUCUCGCUCAUCUUCCUCCUCGCGGGCUCGUCUUCCUCGCAGCGCUUGCUCGCCGCAGCUCCGCUCGCACGCGUAGAUCCCCGGCGCUGCUCCCCUCGCCCGACGGAUAGCUCGCCCUCGCUACUCCCCCUUCGCCGUCUAGCCCCCCUGUGCUGCUCCCGCUCCCCCGUGCUGCUCCCCCUCCUCUGUCCAAGAUUUGAUUUUUCCAGCGAUGGACUGGUGCGGCGGUGUGAGCGGAGCAGAGGGAGAGGCCGGGAAGAUUGCACCGCCGCUGCUUCUGCUGCUCCUCGUCCUGCUUCUGGCCGCCGGCCGCGCCGACGCGUGGGGCAAGGAGGGCCACAUCAUGGUCUGCAAGACAGCCGAGAGGUACCUGACGGAGAAGAUGAUGGCGGCGGUGAAGAUAUCUUGUGCCACUGCAGCUGAAGAUUUGGUUCCAUCCAAAUCUCACAUUCAGCUUCCCAGGCUGUUCAGCUGUUCAUCUAGCUCUCACUACUUGCACCAUUCAGCAUCUGACACAUGAACAUGAGACAAGGAUUUGGAAGCAGUUCUGCUAACUGAAUUUGUGUCAGACCAAUACUUUACUGAAGACGAUUCAGUGUUUCAGACAAAUUUCUUUACUGAAGAUGAUUCAGAGUUUCAGGGAAACUUCUUUACUGACGAUGAUCCAGAAUUGCGGACCAAAUCCUUUACUGGAGAUGACCCAUCUGCAGUAGCAUGUCUCUGCUGACAUUCCAACUUUGUCAAACCCCAAUUGUAGUUUUUCAAACACUGCCGUUCAUUGAGAUUGUUGCUUGCCGUUCAUGGUUAUACCUUUGCAGUAGAUUUAUUUUAUAGCCUCAUUCAGGAUUUAAUUAAUUGUGCAUUUAUAGUGAUUUAGUUGGCCUGCUGCGUGCUUGAAUUCUUCAAGCAAAAAUAAAAUAAAAUGCUGAGUGUCUCAGAGGCUCAGGCUAUAUGUUUUAAGAUUCAAAAGAAAGGAACUGAAGCAGUUUGAUAGAUUUGCAAGCUCAAAGCAUUUCACCCGUUUCUCAUCCAUUGACUUGGUGAUUUGCAACUUCUGUUUCUGUUAUCUAAAAAAACAUUAUUUGUUGGAUACUGUGAUCUUUACUGCAUUUCUUGUAUCACAUAAAAAAAAUGCAUACCAUCAUUUUUUAUUGUUCAUCUUGUUAGUUAUAUAGAAGUAUAGAACUGUUUAUCUUUCUCUUGGUUCCUGGUCAUGGUGUAAUAAUAAUGAACUUGUUCUUUGUUGAGCUGAUUAUGAUGAUGUUGUCAUCCCCAUUUGUUCCGUUGCUCAAUUUGCCAUUGUUUUAGAUGUUGUCAUUGAGUAAUACAGCUUUAUAAUUUUAUAAUUCUUACAGCAUGUUCCUGUGCAAAAUUGGUACAAUUAACUGUUAGCUAGGCAGUAUUAAAUUCAGUUCUGGUUCAGGUAUAUGAAAGGGAUAUACUCUGCAUUCUCAAUUAUUCUGAUUCAGUUCAGGUUCAGGUACAAAUGCUACUCCUCGGAGCCUUGGCCCUUCUUUUGAACAUUCUCAAUUAUUCUGCAUUUUCCUUUCAUCUGCACUGAUAUCUAGAAUAUGUUUUGCUUGAAAUCAGCAACCUACUUCAUGGACUGUUGUUAUAUGCUUGCACUGAUAUUCUUUGCCCAGGAUGGACAGUUAUUAUAUGCUUGCACUGAUCAGCAACCUACUUCAUGGACAGUUGUUAUAUGCUUGAAAGCAUUCUCAAUCACCAACCCCCAAAUCCCAAAGUAAAAACACACAUACUCCAGGGAGCCAGAUGUAGCAGUAGUUGAUUCCUCUGAGAUGGAUUCUGUUAAUUUUUCUCCACACCUGGUAACUUUGGGUGCUAAAGAACUCAUUUGGUCUCAAGAUGAGAGCAAGUGGGCUAUCGAGUGUGCUAGGAGAUUUGUUUUCAGAGUUUAAGAACUCCCUGCUGCGUUUGUUAAAUUACAUUUGCUCUGCAAGAUUUUGUUCUGUCAUCACAAUGAGAAACCAUUUUACUUCUGUACAGAGUAGAGAAGUAAAACUCGAUGGCUGUGAGUAGAAGAAGUGUGCUCACAAUUGAACCAGCCUGGACCAAGGAAGCACGCAGAGCAAAUGGGAUCAAGAUCUCGUCCUCGUCCUUGUCCUCAGAAGAAGGCUUCACCUCGUCCUCAUCCUCAGAAGAAGGCGCUUCACCUAGUCCUCGUCCUCAGAAGAAGGCGACCUCCUUCCUAGGCGGAGUGGCGGUUGACAGCGAGGGAGCUGCAGAGGCGGGGAAGAAUGACGGCGGGAGCGGCGUGGCUAGCAGGCCCGCCGGCGACCUCCUUCCUCCUCCACGUCCGCGAUGCGGGAGUCCGCGAUUAGAUCUCCUCCAGCGGCGCGAGCUCUGGCGCAAGGGCAGCGGGAGGCCGGCGGCGCAAGGGCAGCAGGAGGUAGGCGGCGCGAGGGCAGCGGAAGGCCGGCGGACCAGACCCGGACCGGAAGAUUUGAAUUUGAAUUUGAGCUAUGAAUUCGAAAUUUCAAAUUUGAGGGAUUUUUUUGAAAAAUUUGAAUUGAACUGGGAGGGAGGGAGGAUGCGACAUCCUUUUAUGGACAGAGGGAGUAAGAAAAUUGUCACACAAGAUAUUUGGCCGAGAGUUGGGUCAGUUGCCAAAAUUUGUUCUGAUGUUUUGCAGCGAGACAACAACAUAUUGCUUUGCAACUAGUCAAGUUUGUACCAUGAUAUUUCGAGUAAAUAUCAAGAAACCCUCUUUUUAGAAGUU